CUUCCCAAUCAACAUAUGCAAAGCUAGGGCAAACCUGGAAUUUCACUCCACUUUUCAUAAAAAAUAAGGCAUCAAAAAAUGUCUUAAAACCCAUAAAACCAGAUAAGGAAAAUCCAACAAAAAAAGGGUAGGGAAGAGCUUGCGUGGGCAGCAUGAAAGCCACGCUUUCCACUUUACAAAUUUACCACUCUUAUCUUCUCAACUCUGCUUUUCCAUUCGUUUCUGUUCCUUAUUGCACAAAGCAGCAGCUGUUAGCAAAGGAGAAAGCAGAAGAAAGCACAGCAAAUAGCAAAUGGCCCUUCAGGCUCCCACAAAAUCCUUAAGACCAGCUUCUCCAAUUGCUCCUACAGGCAAUGUCGGACUUCGGGCACCCUUUGAUAGUUUUGCUUUGAAAUCAGCUUUCUUUUCUCCAUCACUCCACCUCUUGCUUCCUUCUCGUCAGCAGCUUCCCACUGCUACUACUGCACCAAGGAUUUACAUGCGUGUGGCCUCCAAGCAAGCCUAUAUUUGCCGUGAUUGCGGGUAUAUAUAUAAUGAGAGGACUCCCUUUGAGAAAGCACCUGAUAGUUAUUUUUGUCCUGUUUGUGGUGCUCCUAAGAGGAGAUUCAGGCCAUAUCAACCUGCAGUGGCAAGAAAUGCUAAUGACACAGAUGUUAGAAAGGCACGAAAAGAACAAAUGAAAAGAGACGAAGCUGUUGGGAGGGCAUUGCCUAUUGCCAUUGUGGUUGGAAUCGCAGCACUUGCUGGUUUAUACUUUUACCUCAACAAUUACAUCGUAGGCUGAAUGAAAGCCAGUAAUUCUGUG